AUUUGUCGGAUUACUCCUAAAAAAAAUUUGAAUUUAGUUGGCUCCUAAGGAAUGUGUAUGUGAGAAAUUUGAAGUUUGAAACUUUUCGACAUUUUGAUCCCACUACCCGCACAGGAGAAUAAUGGGUCACCAAUUUCAUCAACAAAUCCAACGCCAUCAAGCAACAGAUGGUGUUCUUAACCUCUUCAGAAAAGCCAAUCACGAUCUCAACUUCGUUCACCACUCCCUCGAAAAGGAGUUCCAAACCCUUUACCCUGACAACGCAAACCCUAUGAAGCUUGUUUCGAGAAUCAAGAAGAUACAGGAAGAUAUAUCAACAUUGAAAGGGCAGUGUCAAGAUCUUUUGGCUGCUAAGCAGGAUUUAAUUGAUAAGGCUCAGAGAACUCUGGUUGAGAACAGAAAUUUAGUGCAGCGCAUGCAAGCAUCUGUGGGCAUCCCCCUCACCGGCGAAGAUGAUGAGGCUUUUACUAACUUCCAACAGAUAAUUGAGGAAUGGACAAUGCAAGUGAGAUCCAAAAUAGGAGGGAUGGAAUUUAUAAAAGCAACUAUUGUCCAGUGUGCAAGAACAGAAAAGGGAGAGAAAUAUAGAAUGGAGUUUGGGUUUGAGUAAAUGAUCGAGUCUUAAGUCUAAAUAUGUGUUACCACUUCUGGCUCAAGGUUUGCGAGACAGUUGUUCCUGAGCCACAAGAAGGAACAAUUUGAGCUUUCUCCAAAGGAAUUGGUGUUCUCCUAGUCCGUACUACUACUACUGUAGCAAUUGUCAAGACAUUCAUUCAAGUUCUCAUGCACUUAUGUUUAUCUCUUCUUAUCGCAAUUAUUUUUAACUCAUCAACUGCGGAACUGCAUAAGUCAUGUGUUCAGAAUUUUUUUGCCUCUCUUUUCCGAUGUUGCAUGCAUACCAGUUUGCCUCAUAAAAAGUGGAUGCCAUUUGGUUUCUAAACCGCAAAAAGAUGGUUGCAAUUUAGAUGCAGUUUGGACUUUGAAAUAUCCGAGCCUUGCACACCCCUACAAUUAACUUCGUCCUGCUUGCCCUACUCAUUUCUUCUCAUGUUAAUAUAUGAUGUCACUUAGUUGUAUCUCUGACCUCUGUAGCUAAUUAAGCUUUUAGAAGAGAUGAUUAGUGACAAGUUUUAUUUUCUUGUUAAUAUAUUUAUAACAGUUGUCACCUUUUCUUAUCAUAAUGUGAUCUUAAAUAUUUU